AUGAGAAACGCUUGUAUAACAACUACUCUGGAAUCGGCUCCGUCCGGUUGUGAGUCCUUCUCGAUGCAAAAUAUUUUACAAGUCUCGUGUUUGCCGCCGCGCCGGAGUAGCAUCAUCCACUUCCCUCAACUUCUUCUUCUUCUUCUUCUUCUUCUUCUUCUUCUUCUUCUUCUUCUUCUUCUUCUUACACUUUUUCAGUUUUCUUCCGCUCCCAGUCCUCCAUCACUUUAUUUUUUUCUUCCUCCUCCUCCUCAUCUUCUUCUUAUUCUUUUCUUAAGUCUUUUUUUAAUAAUUCUUUUUCUUCUUCAUGUCAUCAUUUUCAUUCACGUCCUUUUCAAGCUCCUUCAUAUUUUUCGUUCUUUCCAUAUUACUUCUUUUCUUCUUUUUAUUAUUAUCAUUCCACGUCUUUCCAUUGAACCUAUUUACUUCCACACUUUGUAUUCUUCUUCUUCAACUUGUUGUCAUUCUCUUUCUUUUUCUUCUUUUUCUAUGUCUUUUUCAUUGUUCUUCUUUUUCCAUUCUUAUUUUCUUUUAGACUUUUUCCUUUUCCCAUUUUUAACCUUAGUCUUCUUCACAUAUAUCUCUGACACGUUUUUUCUUCUCUUUCAUUUAUCACACUUCUUUUUUCUUCUUCAUUUUUCUUCAUUUAACACUUUUCUCUCAGAUAAUCUAUCUCAUUCCCUUAAUAUCUAUCUAUCUAUCUAUCUAUCUAUCUAUCUAUCUAUCUAUCUAUCUAUCUAUCUAUCUAUCACAACCUAUUCCUAUCUAUCUAUCUAUCUAUCUAUCUAUCUAUCUAUCUAUUUAUUUAUCUAUCUAUCUAUCUAUAUAUCUAUCUAUCUAUCUAUCUAUCUAUCACAACCUAUUCCUAUCUAUCUAUCUAUCUAUCUAUCUAUCUAUCUAUCUAUCUAUCUAUCAGGCAAUUGUUAA